UGACUUUAAGGCUCUCAUUCCAGAUGCAGAGCUACACACACACUGUCUCUCAGCACCACUUCUGAACUGUAGAAAAUGGACCAGAGACUGUUAUUUUUCUUCUUUCUGAUUGCACCAUGGAUGCUAUGCGCAACAGGACAAAAUGAUCACAUGGAACUUGAAAACAGUGAUUUUCUGAGAGAGGAUCUUGACAAAUGGCAGUCAGAUGAUAACAUGUUCAUGGAGGUAAAGAAAAAAAAGGAAAAGGUUAUUGCAAUCCCAGACACUGAAACUGUCGAUAAUUCAAGCGAUGAAGGAUCAGCAGUAGAGAAAAAAGAAGCAGAUCUUCCCACUUGCUUGCUGUGUGUAUGCUUGUCUGGAUCUGUGUACUGCGAAGAGGUUAGCCCAGAUAUGACAACAGUACCAGCUUUGCCAAAGGAAACCUCAUACCUUUAUGCACGCUUCAACAAAAUAAAAAAAAUCACCAACAAGGAUUUUGCUGAUGUUGCCACAUUAAAAAGAAUCGACUUGACUGGCAAUCUCAUUUCGGAAAUAGAAGAUGGAGUCUUUUCCAAAAUGGACCAACUGGAAGAACUAACGCUGGCUGAGAACAAACUAAUUAAACUCCCAAUGCUGCCCCCAAAACUUGUAUCACUCAAUGCAAAUUACAAUCGACUCAAAACAAAAGGGAUCAGAUCAACCAUUAUAAAGAAACUCAAAAAACUGGCGUACCUCUACCUUGGUGACAAUGAAUUGGAGGCUAUUCCACCACUUCCUGAGAGUCUGCAUGUUGUGCACCUGCAUAAUAAUAACAUAACCACCCUGACGGAUGAAACUUUCUGCAAGGGCAAUGACACACACUACAUCAGGCACAACAUGCAAGAGGUGCGUCUGGAUGGAAACCCACUGAUACUAGCCCAGCAUCCAAACAGCUUCAUCUGUCUGAAGUCUCUUCCAUUCGGCCUCUACAACUAAGCUGAAUUCCAGUGAAGUGACUGUAGAGAGGACACACUCACUCUGCAG